CUUCUGGAAGGUGGGGGCCCUGGGUGCUCAGGAAGAACCCCAGGCCACCUCCCCCGCCACAUCCUCCCGCCCUCCCUGGAGCCCUGACUGCCUCCUCCUGGCUCCACAGACAGCAUGAUCCGCGUUGGAACCAAUUACCAGGCUGUAAUCCCCGAGUGCAAGCCUGAGAGCCCCGCACGCUACAGCAACAAGGAGCUGAAGGGGAUGCUGGUGUGGUCGCCCAACCACUGUGUGUCGGAUGCCAAGCUUGACAAGUACAUUGCAAUGGCCAAGGAGAAGCAUGGCUACAACAUUGAGCAGGCACUGGGCAUGCUCCUGUGGCAUAAGCACGACGUGGAGAAGUCACUGGCUGACCUGGCCAACUUCACCCCGUUCCCCGACGAGUGGACCGUGGAGGACAAGGUGCUGUUUGAACAGGCCUUUGGCUUCCACGGCAAGUGCUUCCAGCGGAUCCAGCAGAUGCUGCCCGACAAGCUGAUCCCCAGCCUGGUGAAGUAUUACUACUCUUGGAAGAAGACCCGGAGCCGGACCAGCGUGAUGGACAGACAGGCUCGGCGGCUGGGGGGCCGAAAGGACAAAGAAGAGAGUGAUGAGCUCGAGGAGGGACGAGGAGCUGUGAGUGAGGGAGAGCCAGAUGCCGGAGACCCCAAGAGAGAGCCUCUGCCCUCUCGGCCUCUGAAUGCCCGCCCAGGCCCCGGGAAGAAGGAGGCCCAGGCCUCUCAGUAUCGCCACCACCCACUGAGGACGCGGCGGCGCCCCCCCAAGGGCAUGUACCUGAGCCCCGAGGGCCUCACUGCCGUGUCAGGAAGCCCAGACCUUGCCAACCUCACGCUUCGAGGCCUUGAUUCCCAGCUCAUCUCUCUCAAGCGUCAGGUGCAAAGCAUGAAGCAGACCAACAGCAGCCUCCGCCAAGCCCUGGAGGGCGGCAUUGACCCACUCCGCCCCCCUGAGGCCAACACCAAGUUCAACUCCCGCUGGACCACAGACGAGCAGCUCCUGGCUGUACAAGCCAUCCGCAGGUACGGCAAAGACUUCGGGGCUAUUGCAGAGGUGAUUGGGAACAAGACUCUGACCCAGGUGAAGACCUUUUUUGUGAGCUACCGGCGCCGCUUCAAUCUGGAGGAGGUGCUGCAGGAAUGGGAGGCUGAGCAGGAUGGGGCCCCUGGAGCCCCGGUCCCCAUGGAGGAGGCUAGGAGAGGGGCUCCCUUGCCAGCCCCAGCCCUAGAGGAAGAUGACGAGGUCCAGAUUACAUCUGUCUCAACAUCUGUGCCCCGACCCGUGCCCCCUGCGCCACCCCCCCCUCCACCUCCCACCUCCCUGUCCCAGCCACCCCCACUGCUGAGAGGCUCCAGAACACCUUUGCUGGAUGUGUUGGGCACCCCUGGCUUCACUGACGACAGAAGGGACUAG